AUAUUCAUAAAAAUUCGAAUCCGAAGUUGAUGUAUUGGAUGCUAUUCAAUACUUGCCAUAAGCGGUACAUGCAAAUAUAGUUUCCGUUCGAGAGAGACUCGCAAUCAAAAACAAUGGCACGCCCUAUUUUUCCCAAUCAGCAAAAAAUUGCUGAAAAGCUGAUAAUUCUAAACGAUCGUGGUCUCGGAAUUCUUACACGCAUUUACAACAUUAAAAAAGCGUGUGGGGACACCAAAUCAAAGCCGGGGUUCUUGUCCGAAAAGUCGCUGGAGUCGUCAAUCAAAUUCAUUGUAAAGCGCUUUCCCAACAUCGACGUCAAAGGCUUGAAUGCAAUAGUGAACAUCAAGGCUGAGAUAAUCAAAUCUCUCUCGCUCUAUUACCACACGUUUGUCGACCUGCUGGACUUUAAGGACAACGUUUGUGAGCUGUUGACAACUAUGGACGCUUGCCAGAUCCACCUGGACAUCACACUGAACUUCGAGCUGACCAAGAACUACUUGGACUUGGUAGUUACCUACGUUUCCCUGAUGAUUGUGCUCUCCCGUGUCGAGGACCGGAAGGCAGUGCUGGGACUUUACAAUGCGGCGUUUGAGUUACAGAACAAUCAGGCGGAUACCGGCUUUCCUCGUCUGGGGCAGAUGAUCCUUGACUACGAAGUGCCGGUAAAGAAGCUGGCCGAAGAGUUCAUUCCUCACCAGCGCCUGCUCACUAAUGCAUUGCGCUCCCUGACCUCUAUCUAUGCCCUACGAAAUCUGCCUGCGGACAAGUGGCGCGAGAUGCAGAAGCUCAGCCUAGUGGGCAAUCCGGCCAUUCUGCUGAAGGCAGUGCGUACGGACACAAUGUCUUGUGAGUACAUUUCGCUGGAGGCUAUGGAUCGCUGGAUCAUAUUCGGGCUACUGCUAAACCACCAAAUGCUGGCCCAAUAUCCGGAGGUAAACAAAAUAUGGAUAUCGGCUCUAGAAAGCAGCUGGGUGGUAGCUCUCUUUCGGGAUGAGGUGCUGCAGAUUCACCAGUACAUUCAGUCCACAUUCGAUGGAAUCAAGGGCUACAGCAAGCGAAUCAGCGAGGUAAAGGAGGCCUACAACACGGCCGUUCAGAAGGCAUCAUUGAUGCAUCGAGAGAGGCGCAAGUUUCUGCGGACCGCGCUGAAGGAACUGGCACUUAUUAUGACCGACCAGCCGGGUCUCUUGGGACCUAAGGCAAUAUUCAUAUUUAUUGGACUUUGCUUGGCUCGCGACGAGAUUCUUUGGCUGCUGCGCCACAACGACAAUCCGCCGCUGAUAAAGAACAAAGGCAAGAGUAAUGAAGACCUGGUAGAUCGACAGCUUCCAGAACUAUUGUUCCACAUGGAGGAGCUGCGCGCGCUGGUGCGCAAAUAUAGCCAGGUAAUGCAGCGGUACUAUGUGCAAUACUUGUCCGGGUUUGACGCCACGGAUCUGAACAUCCGCAUGCAAAGCCUGCAGAUGUGCCCAGAGGACGAGAGCAUUAUUCUCAGUUCGCUGUACAAUACUGCCGCUAGCCUGACUGUCAAGCAAGUAGAGGACAACGAGCUUUUCUACUUCAGACCCUUCCGGUUGGACUGGUUCCGCCUGCAAACAUACAUGAGCGUCGGCAAGGCAUCGUUGCGCAUCACGGAUCACAUGGAGCUGGCACGCCUGCUCGAUUCGAUGGUGUUUCACACGCGUGUUGUAGACAAUCUGGAUGAGAUACUUGUGGAGACUUCGGAUCUAAGCAUAUUCUGCUUUUAUAACAAAAUGUUUGACGAUCAGUUUCACAUGUGCCUGGAAUUCCCGGCCCAGAAUCGCUACAUAAUCGCGUUUCCUCUGAUCUGCAGCCAUUUUCAGAAUUGCACUCAUGAAAUGUGUCCAGAGGAGCGACACCACAUACGAGAGCGUUCGUUGAGUGUGGUAAACAUUUUCUUGGAGGAAAUGGCCAAAGAGGCCAAAAACAUUAUUACGACAAUUUGCGACGAGCAGUGCACAAUGGCAGAUGCUCUGCUGCCCAAGCAUUGUGCCAAGAUCUUGUCCGUUCAAUCGGCACGCAAAAAGAAGGACAAGUCGAAAUCCAAGCACUUUGACGAUAUACGAAAGCCAGGCGACGAGUCGUACCGCAAGACACGCGAGGACCUGACCACAAUGGAUAAAUUGCACAUGGCCUUAACUGAGCUAUGCUUUGCCAUUAACUAUUGUCCCACUGUGAACGUUUGGGAAUUUGCGUUUGCUCCGCGCGAGUAUCUCUGCCAGAAUCUGGAGCAUCGAUUUUCUCGCGACCUGGUCGGCAUGGUGAUGUUCAACCAAGAGACCAUGGAAAUAGCCAAGCCAUCGGAGCUGCUCGCCAGUGUACGUGCGUACAUGAACGUGCUGCAGACCGUGGAGAACUACGUGCACAUUGACAUCACGCGUGUGUUCAACAACUGCCUGUUGCAACAGACGCAGGCUCUGGACUCGCACGGAGAGAAAACGAUUGCCGCGUUGUACAACACCUGGUAUAGCGAGGUGCUGCUGCGCCGGGUCUCUGCCGGCAAUAUUGUCUUCUCUAUUAAUCAGAAAGCGUUUGUGCCUAUUUCGCCAGAGGGCUGGGUACCGUUCAAUCCGCAGGAGUUUUCCGAUCUAAACGAACUGCGCGCCCUGGCCGAGCUAGUUGGUCCUUAUGGAAUAAAGACUCUAAACGAGACGCUCAUGUGGCACAUCGCCAACCAGGUGCAGGAGCUGAAGUCGCUGGUAGGCACCAACAAGGAGGUGCUCAUCACCCUGCGCACCAGUUUCGACAAGCCGGAGGUCAUGAAGGAACAGUUCAAGCGGCUGCAGGACGUUGAUCGAGUACUGCAGCGCAUGACCAUAAUUGGAGUUAUUAUCUGUUUCCGUAACCUUGUCCAUGAGGCAUUGGUGGAUGUGCUGGACAAACGAAUUCCAUUCCUGCUUAGCUCGGUGAAAGACUUCCAAGAGCACUUGCCAGGUGGGGAUCAGAUACGCGUCGCAUCCGAAAUGGCCUCGGCGGCGGGUCUGAUAUGCAAGGUGGACCCCACAUUGGCCACAACAUUGAAAUCAAAGAAGCCAGAGUUUGACGAGGGCGAGCACCUGACCGCCUGCUUACUGAUGGUAUUUGUGGCCGUGUCCAUACCAAAGCUGGCUCGCAAUGAACACUCCUUCUACAGAGCCACCAUUGAUGGCCAUUCGAAUAAUACUCACUGCAUGGCAGCUGCUAUCAAUAACAUCUUCGGAGCCCUGUUCACGAUCUGUGGACAGAACGACAUGGAAGAUCGUAUGAAGGAGUUCUUGGCAUUAGCCAGCUCGUCCCUCCUGCGCUUGGGUCAAGAGUCCGACAAGGAGGCUACCCGCAAUCGAGAGUCCAUCUACUUGCUGCUGGAUGAGAUAGUGAAGCAGUCACCAUUCCUCACCAUGGACCUUCUAGAGUCCUGUUUCCCGUACGUUCUUAUCCGCAAUGCCUAUCAUGGUGUCUACAAGCAAGAGCAAAUAAUGGGCCUGGGCCUAUAGAGAACAUAGAGCAAAGUGGAGUAAAAGUCUCGCAUUCUUAUCCGAGUAUUAAGCUAUAUAGUUUUUGAUAAUCGAUCAUUGUGCAUUAUGCUUACGAAUAAUGAGUACAUAUUAUUCUAUUGUUAGACCUUAAUAAUUAUAUAUAAUAUAUAUUGAUAACGCCCCUACUAUACCCUGUCUGCGUAUAAGGCAAAAGUAUUCAGCAUUUUGAUACAUUCUUUGUAUAAAUAAAGUGCAUAUGCAAACCAAAUC